UGCUAAUCACGAAACAGUUAGCUUUGCUGCUACUUCCAAUUUGGAAAAUGCUAUACAUCAAACUAAAGAGAAAGUUGCUAAAAUCUCAGCCGAAUGUCGUGGGCAAAACCGUAAAUUCCGAGAUCGUGAAUUCGACUUAUAUGUUAAUAAGGAUGAUUGUCUUUAUAAUAAAAAAAAAGUCAAUUUCACCGCCACAAAUAAUGUAAAACGAGUUUCCGCUAUUUACAAGAAUCCACAAUUUUUCAUUGAUGGAGUUGAACCCAAUGAUAUUAAACAAGGUGAAGUUGGGGAUUGCUGGUUUGUUGCUUCAUUGGCCGUCAUUGCAAAUAUUCCAAAAUUAUUAGAAACUAUUUGUGUGGCUAGAGAUGAGGAAGUUGGAGUCUAUGGAUUUAUUUUUUUCAAGGAUGGUGAUUGGAUUUCAACAAUCGUUGAUGAUCAGCUCUUUACGUCCGGUAAAGAUCAACAUGGAAAUUGGAAAUUAACAUUUUCACGUUGCACAACCGAAAAUGAAACUUGGUUACCAUUAAUUGAAAAAGCUUAUGCAAAGAUUCACGGUGAUUACGAAAGUAUCCAUGGUGGUGAGACUGGUCAAGGAAUCGAAGAUCUAACGGGUGGAGUUUACACUCUAAUAUUCGUUUCAGACAUUUUAGAUAAAGAAAAAUUUUGGAAUGAAGAAUUAAAACAAGCUAAUGAUGGAGUAUUAUUUGCUUGUAGUAGAUUUGAAUCUAGUGAUCAAGACAUAGAUACAAAAGGAACUUAUAGUGAUCACGCAUAUAGCAUUUUACGAGUAGCAGAAAUAGAAGAUAAUGUUAAACUUUUACAAAUUAGAAAUCCUUGGGGUUCAUCAGAAUGGACAGGAGCAUGGAGUGAUGGAAGUAAAGAAUGGAAUUCUGAACGUAUGACUAAAUUAAAUCAUAGAUUCGGUGAUGAUGGUACUUUCUGGAUGAGUUAUGAUGAUUUUCUUAAAUACUGGGAUCAAAUUGAUAAAUGUAGAUUAUUUGAUUCAAGUUGGACUGUUUAUUCAACUUGGAUUAAUUAUAAUGUUAUACCUAAAUCUAAAGGAAAAUUUACCUUAUGCUUACCAGAAGAUUGUGAUUUAGUUAUUGUGCUUCAACAACCGGAUGAUAGAUAUUUUAGUGAUAAACCUAAUUAUAUAUAUCGAUUAAGUUUCCGUGUAUAUAAAGAGGGCGAAGAAACUUAUUUAAUCCGUAGCCGUUCUACUGUUCCAUUAGCUCCACGUAGUGUUAACCACGAAAUCACUCUUCAAGCUGGUAAUUAUGAAAUAAUUCCACGUAUAAAUCGUGAAUUUGAUAAAGUUACGACUGAAACAACUACUGAAACUAAAGUGGAUGAAGAGAGUAAAAAACGUAAAGAAAAGCGUGCUAAGAAACUUUCUCGAGCUUGGGAUGGUUAUGUUGAUUCUGAUUCUGAUUUUGAUUCUGAUGAAGAAGAUAAAGAAAGCGCUGAUAAGAAGAAUGAGGAGAAAUGGGAAUUACAAUUGGGGUUAAGAAUUUAUAGCAAAUGUAAAGAUAUUAAAUUGGAAGGCCAUCCAGGAGAGUAUCCAAAAAAGAAAGAUACGAAAGAGGAUAUUAUUAAAGAAGAUAAUAAAGAAGAUAAAGAUCCAGAAGUUGAUACUAAAGUUAUUGAACCUAAAGAUGAUGAUAAAAAUAAAGAUGAUGAUAAGAACGAUGAUAAGAACAAUGAUAAUAAAAAUGAAGAUGAUAAAAAUAAAGAUGAUGAUAAAAAUAAAGAUGAUGAUAAAAAUAAAGAUGAUGAUAAGAGUAAAGAUGACGACAAAAGUAAAGAGGAUAACAAAACAAGAUGA